AUCUCGAAAGGGAAAGUUAUGCUUGGAUAUCUAAUUGUGUUUACAUACAGUUGUUGUGAUAUUUGUUAAGUUUUAUACAACACAACCAUGAGUACGAGACACAGCAGUGAACUUAAUUCCCCGUCGGCUAUGCUGCAGCGGCUGUGUUGUAAAGUUACGGGACUGUCAGACGAUGCAGUACUUCCUCAUUACCAGUUUGCUCUGCGUAUACUCGGCAGCAAUUUUGCACCUCCCAUUGAGAGUGAUGAAUUUCAGGUUUCUGAGAAAAUCAAGAGCCAAUUGGUUCGUAAGGGUCGAGAAAAAGAUGCAGCGAUCUUCUCUGAACUACAUCGGAAGCUUCAAGCACAAAGUGGCCUGAAGAACCGGUGGGCGAUACUGUAUCUGCUGAUGUCUCUCAGUGACAAUGGAGCAAAGUCAGGGAACAAGAGUGCCUUCAGUAGCUCGGUGUUCGGACAGAAUCUCUCAACCUAUGCCACCUCCACCCCCUUCCACCCUGCAGCGAGGGUGGGGCGUGAUGCUCCCAGGGUGGGGCAGCACACCCCAGGGAUGGGUGUGUCAGGUGUCCACUCCACGUCUCACAGCACAGCCAGCAGCGGCAUCAGCAGCAUUCACAGUGGUCGCAGCGAAGGGCCAACACCGGUUCCUCAGACCUAUAUACCAAGUUACCUAGCAACGCCAGCCCAUAAUCCAGCAGAUGUGGACCGAACAGGGCGAGGUCUUGGAGGAAGGCUAGCCCAGAGUUUCAGCAAGACACGUGAUGCUGAUUUGUCACUGGUGACCAAGAACCGGGGCGCAUCAUUGCAAGGGCAUUUUGUCUUUACCCUUGCUUCUAAAGAGUCAUUUGAGAUUCCGGAGGCUGAGUUGUUGAAGGAUCUGAUCUAUGCCUUCCAGGGCAUCGAGGGCAGCUGGAUCAAGUUCGACUCAAGCAGAGAAGGCUACCGGAUAGACCCCACGGCUGGCAUACCGAAGGCGGUGCGGCAACUGAUCAGCAAAUUGGCCGAGUGUGGCUGGCUGUACAACAAGAUCAAGGCGUAUGUGGAGACACGCAGCUCGGACAAGGCGUUCGGUCUGGUAGGACAGAGUUUCUGUGCUGCCUUGCAUCAUGAGAUGACAGAGUUCUACCGGCUGAUAGCAGUGCUGGAGGCACAGCUGCAGCAGGAACAGGAUGAGGGCUUCUCUGAGUCUCAGCCCGGCCUCACACUCCGCCGUCUAAUGGUGUGGACCUUUGACCCACUUGUCAGACUGAAGUCUCUUGCUGCAUUGGUGGACGUGUGUAAAGGGAAGAAAGGCGGAGCCCUGGCAUCAAGUAUCUACUCGUACAUGCAGCAUGGAGACCCCUACAUCCGAGCCCUCAUCAAACACACACUUACCAUGGUUUCUCAGCCGAUAUACGCCACCCUGCUUCGAUGGAUCUACGAUGGCGAGUUGGAAGACACGUACCACGAGUUUUUUGUGGCGUCAGACCCAACUGUUAAGAAUGACCUCCUGUGGUACGACAAAUACAGCCUGCGGAAGUCCAUGAUACCCACAUUUGUCACCACAGAGCAGGCCAGGAAGAUCCUGUUGACGGGGAAGUCCAUCAACUUCCUGAGACAGGUGUGUCAGGACCGCACACCCACUAAAGGCAGGGAGGUCGCGAUGACUUUCGAUGUCCAGAAAGCGGAGUGCAUGCUGACCCAGGACACGGGUACAGAGUUCCAGCUGAUGGUGGACACGGUAUACAAGGACACAAGUCAGCAUCUCCUUGACGUCUUCAACAACCAGUACAAGUUCCUCGACCAUCUCAAGGCGACGCGGCGCUACUUGCUGCUGGGACAGGGAGACUUCAUCCGCCACUUGAUGGACUUGUUAGAGGAGGAUCUGGCCAAGCCCGCCAGCAACCUGUAUCUCCACAACCUGACCGGGAUCCUGGAGACAGCUAUCAGGGCCACUAACGCCCAGUUCGACGACUCCGACAUACUUAAGAGGCUGGAUGUCCGGUUGCUUGAGGUGUCGCCUGGGGACACCGGCUGGGACGUCUUCAGUCUGGAUUAUCAUGUGGACGGACCGAUACGUACGGUGUUCACGCCCCAGUGUGUCAUCAUGUACCUGCGUGUGUUCAACUUCCUGUGGCGCGCCAAGAGGAUGGAGUACAUACUGGCUAUCAUCUGGAAGAAUCAGAUGACAUUCGCUCGCCAACUCCGUACAAUACCAGAGUUGAAGGGCAUCCUGCACCAGUGCCACGCCCUAGGCUGUGAGAUGGUGCACUUCAUCCAGCAGGCACAGUACUACAUCAACUUCGAGGUGCUUGAGUGUUCCUGGGACGAGCUUCUCACCAAAGUGCAGGAAGCAGAGGACCUUGACUACAUCAUCGCAGCCCAUCAGGUGUUCUUGGACACCAUUGUCUCCAGGUGUCUCCUUGAUGACAAGUCCAGGGCCAUCCUGACCCAGCUGCGGACGAUCUUCGACCUCAUUAUACAGUUCCAGGCAGCUCAGGAGAACUUCUACCAGGCCGCCAACUCCGAGAUGGAUGCCAGGGAACACUUCAAACGUCGUCUCAAGGCCAGAACAGCUGAGGGAGAGUGGGGCGUGACAGAGGCAGAAGAGGAGGAAGAAAAACAGAGACAGAAUGACUUCCUGAAGAACAUCAUCCCGUCCACCCGAGCUCAGCUCAUUGUCUUGGCUCAGUCCUAUCAGGACAUGGUGCAACAGUUCCUGGUCAUGUUAACUAGUCAUCAGGACGUCAGUCUCCGCUUCCUCAGCUUCAGACUCGACUUCAACGAGCACUACAAAGCCCGGGAACCCAAGCUGAAGUCACCCCUUGCCUACCAGAAGGUGAAGAGAGCCAGAUGAUCUGACAGUGUGGAAGAUGUGAUAUGACUUGAAUGGUUAAACAGUGCACAGGACUAUGGGAGAUGCAUCAGUGUUACCCAGAUUGGAUUGUGUUGCUGUUACAUGUGUGUGAUGUGGAUCACAUACUGCUGUUACAUGUGUGUGAUGUGGAUCACAUACAGCUGUGUUACA